AUUCAAAUAAAAUCAUUUGAAAUGAACAGUCAGUUUAACAACGUUGUGUAUGGAAUACCAGGAAGUGCAUUUGAAGGCCAGAGUAGAGAAGGCGCCAUUGGAAAUUGAAUCACUGAGAUCCAAGAUGAGUUAAAAUAAGGUCAGACUUGAACUUGGCAAUAUUCCUGGAUAUCCUAAGGGAGAAACACCUCAGUACUUAGUAAAAUUACAGGCAAACCUUCUGCAGAUUGAACAAAACUUACAGAGAAAAUAACGAAGAAUUGAUUGAAAGUAUGAUGAUGCACUUUGAAGAAACUGCUCAAGAGUUGCCAAACUUUAAGCUUCCAGAAAUAAACAGGACUCCAUCUCAUGACCAUAUGGAUUCCUCUCUUGGGUUUACAAGCAUGAAAGAUCUCAAGCUUAGUGCAUCGAAAAUAAAAAUGGCUAGACCUUUAAGGAAAAACUACGCUGGUAAAAGAUCUCUUAUUAAAAGAAACAAGAGAACGGCAAAGCAUAAUAUCAUAACAAGAGAGGUUGAUGAAAACUUUAUACCAGAGCCUCCUCCAAUCUCUGAUGAGGACAUUAAUAGAGGAAUGAUUAACCUCAUAAAUAAAGGAAUCAUCCCUAAGGAUGUGGACAUUACCCCUGCUUUUGAAAGAGGAGCUCCACCUCUCUCUUUAAAGCCAGCCUCCAUUCAUUAUGGAGAUCCUCGGGAUUAUGUCAAGAGACAAGUGGCAACGGGUGUUUCCAAUUAUAACUCAUUGAAGUAUGACCUGCAGCCAGAUGAGGAUGCGCCCCUGGCGAUUCUUCCUCCAACUAGCCAAGAGCUAGUGCCUAUGGAUAACACUCAGAUUGAUUCAGCCAGAGAUGGGAUGAGUCAUUCAGAACUAGAUGCACUUCCUUAUGAAGGAGACCAACUCGAAGCUAUAAAUGACCCUGAAUUUGAUGAAGCCCAGAGAAAAGAGGCAGAGGAUGCAAGAGGGUAUAACCAACUUAUGGAUGAGUUCUCUCUCCAUCAGUUUAUUAUUAGGAAAGGAAAGUGUCUAGAUGAGACUCCUGAGUUCAUGUCCUUUAAGAGAACUUAUAUUUCAAAGUGGGGUUCGAUUUCAUACAUUAUCCAUUUACUGGAGAAAAUGUUGACUAAUAAUCAAGUCCCCAUGGCUGUGGUGGAGGGUAAGAAAUUAGUAGAUCUUGCUAACGAAGACCUCAAGAAACCUCAAAAUGAAGAUCUUUAUGAUUGUCUGAUUAAUCAAGAUGAGAUAGCUAAGUACGUCAAAAUUCCAACAAGGAUGUUCACUGGUCCUAACGGCCCAACUAUGGCUGUAAUCUGCAUUCAGAAGUAUUGGAGAGGGUUUAAGGCCCGAUCAGCGUAUACUCAGUUGCGAUUCUUAAUGCAAAAAGCAGCAGUUAUUCAAAAAGCGUUCAGACUUUUCUUAAUGGUUAAGGCGACCAAGACAAAGAUUGAAGAACUCAACAAUGAAAGUCUCUUUGUUUGGCGAGAAAUGAUGGAAGAAUUUAAAAGAAGGUGGCCUGAUAUCAGAAAGAAGAGAAGGAUCGAAAUCCAUUGUAACAGUCUCUCAAUUGGUGACAUCAAGAGACUUUCAAUUGAAAAAUUCAUGCAAAGGGAAAAUUUACAAAUCUCAAGAUUGUUCUGACUAAGAGAUCCGAACGUGAAUAUCAUUUUCAUAUCUCCAUUUAUCUUCACAAAUGAUGUACUAGGGUAUUACAUGAAGAUCUUACAGAUUGGUGAUAUCGAGGAGGCUUCAACCAGAUUACAUGUGAUAGUUCCAGAGAAUGCUCAUAAAUUUCCAUCUCAUUUCUCACUAACACAGUGUUUGUUAUACUCUCCUAAAGCAAUGAAGAGGAUCAAGAAUCUUAUCAGAGGGAAGCAGGCAUAUUUGGUUCCUGGAAGAGCAAAUACAGAUGACAUUAAACUCUCGAUCAAUCUGACUGUUCCGAUAUUGUGUGGUGAGCCACAGAAGAUUAAUCUCUACUCGACAAAAUCUGGCUGCAAGAGGAUCUUCCAGCAGGCUGAUGUGCCUACUCCAAUUUCAGCUUUUGACAUUUAUGAUGAGCAGGAGUUCCUAAUGUCUCUUGCAAAACUGAUAGCACAUAAUCUUUAUGUAAGCAAAUGGAUCUUCAAAAUAGAUGAUGAGUUCGGAGGCAGAGGCCAUGCCUCCUUUAUCACUGAUAACGUAAAAUUCAUCACAGAGCUGAGGAAGAAGAAAAAGGUUGAAAUUAACGAUGCAGUAAUUGAGAAGUUGAUCGGGGUUCUUCAAAGAUUAGUGCCUAAAAGAGUAAAAAUAGCAUGUCCUAGUCUAUUCCAAAGUUGGGGUGAAUAUAUUCAAACCUUCUGUGAGUCAGGAGGAGUCAUUGAAGCAGCUCCAUCAUGUCUUAGCAAUAAAAUCGGAAGUCCCUCCAUCUCCUUCUUCAUCGAUCCCGAUGGUGAUAUUCAAAUUAUAGGAUCAUUUGAUAAAUUUCAUAGCAGAGAGUACAUCAAUGCUGGAUGAUUCUUCCCACAAAAAUCUUUGCCAAACAUGAAUUUAAUGACGAUUUCAAAAUCUAUCGGAGAUGUACUAUACGAGAAGGGAGUAAUUGGACACGUCACGGUAGAUCUAGUUUCCUUCCCAGACCCAACAUCUCCGAAAUCACACCCUCUUUUCUGGGCAGUAGACAUUAACUGUUAUAUGACUGAUUUUGCUGCUACCUGUUUCUUCUUCUGCUUCUUAAUGGAAGGACAGCUGGACCAGUACACUGGUCAAUACACCAUUGACAAAUAUGAAGGAGAAUCUGUACGCAACUCAAAGUUAUCCCUGAGUAAGGCAUCUAGCCGGAACACAGAGGCUGAAGAGUUUGAAGAACGGCAGUUCAUGUAUUGUUCGUACAUCCACCAUCCAGGGCUUGCUUCAAUCCAGUAUAAGACAUUUUUCCAUAUGUGUAGGUUGGAAUCGAUAUCGUUCGACCUAGAGAAGCGUAGCGGAGUGACAUUCAUCCUUUCAGACUGUCUUCAGAGUGGCUUACUCUCAAUCCUAUCUGUAGGGGAUUCAAAGCAGGAAAUAAUUAAUAAAAUGUUAGAAUCACUUAAUUUUAUUCAGAGCCAAGCAGGUCCUUUACCGAUUAAAAACUUGAGUGAUGAUACAAGGUCUGAUGAUAUUGAUGUGACUGAUGUGUUUUCGAAGAUUAAAUUAAUGCAAAAAGCUAUUAAUAAGGACGAAGAGAAGGAAAGAACGAGAAGGAAAAAUAAGGAAUAUUUGUAAAUGGUUUCAAAUAAA